AUGGCACGUUUUCUUGGCCUUCGAGGCAGUCGCCUCAACUAUGCAGCACUCCUUGGCGUGGUUAUGCCUUCAAUCAUGUCCUUAGGCUAUAAUCAAGGAUUACUAGGGGGAGUUCUCACCCUGCCCUGGUUCGAGGCCCAAUUUCCUGAAAUCGAUGUGAGCCAUGCCUUGCCUUCGGAAAAACACCACAAAUCGACUUUGCAGGGUACUGUGGUGGCCUUGUAUGCAGCAGGUGGUUGCCUGGGAGCCAUCGCCUGCAUUGGACUGGGCGAUGUGCUCGGACGUCGGCGAACUAUCAUACUCGCUUCAGUGAUGCAAUUGAUCGGAGCUUUCCUCAUGGCUAGUUCGUUUACCUUUUCUCAGCUUGUGGUAGCACGAGUUAUCCUAGGUCUGGGUCAUGGUGGCCAACUAGCCACUGUGCCGGUCUGGCAAUCGGAGAUAUCACCAGCUAGCAAGCGUGGUGCGCAUGUUGCGACCACAGGCAUCUUCGCCGCGAUGGGUCUUACGCUGGGAUUACUCGUCGAUCUUGGGAUGUCAUAUGUCCCCAACAGCGCAAGCUGGCGUAUUCCAGUCGGACUGCCUAUCAUAUUUUGCAUAGUUGUGAUUGUAUUUACUUCUUAUAUGCCCGAGUCACCCCGUUGGCUGGUUCAGCAGGGCCAUGUCUCUGCUGCCCGUGAGGUAUUAGCAGCCCUGAGGGACACUGAAAUGGACAGUGAGGUUGUCAAGAAGGAGAUACUGGAUGUGGAGUCCUCGUUGGCUAUUGCCGGUGGUAAAGGAUCUUUCUUCCAAAUAUUCCACAUGGGACAUCAAAGAAUCCGUCAUCGUGCAUCUCUUGCGACAGGAGGAUUGAUGUUGUUACAAUUGACAGGUGUCAACUCUAUCACGUUCUACACUACAACGAUUUUCCAAACCCACCUUCACCUUGACUCGACAACAUCAAGGAUUCUGGCGGUAAUUUAUCAGUUUUGCGGUGUCUUUGGUGGCAUCGUCUGCGUAUUCACCAUAGAGGGAUUUGGUCGUCGUUUCUUAUUGUUGUCAAGUGCGACGGCCAACACAAUCGCCAUGGUCCUCGUGGCUGCGCUCAGUUCUCAGUCGACAAACAUCAUUGCCAUGUACGCAGCGGUGGUAUUUAUGUUUAUCUUUCACUUCAGCAUGAUUAUUGGUUUUGGUGGGAUACCGUUUCUCUAUGCAUCCGAAGUGGCACCUCUCAGCCUGCGUACCACCAUCAACGGUAUCGGCUCUAGCAUAUAUUGGGCAUUGAGUGUUUUGAUCGCCGAGGUCACACCGAUCGCCUUCAAUGCCAUUGGAUGGAAGUACUUUCUCAUCUUUGCCUGUCUGAACUUUACUAUGAUACCGGUUGUUUAUCUGUUUUUCCCGGAAACCGCAGGCUUGUCGCUGGAAGAUAUAGAUGAGGUGUUUAUUAUGUCCACGGGCUGGUUAGAUCCUGUUCGUGUGGCCAAACAGUUGCCCAAGAAAUUGAAAGAUCGCCAACCACAGGGAGAUUGUCCUUUGGAGAACAAAGACGAUGGAGCACCAAAGGUUUGA